CCAUAUUAAUUUAAUUAUUGUCGCGUACAGGAUCGAUCAAACACAAUUGAUCAAGACAGCAACAUAAUCGGCAUCAACAUAAGCUUCCAUGACAGGCUCAUCCCCUGCUGGGAACAACAACCCAACAUCCUGGCUGCCACGAAGAUACCUCAAGAUUUGUUGGACAGCAUAUUAUACCUAUAACCCUAUUUUAUACCUAAUCUCAGCAACUCCGUCAAGAAUUUUUUAGGUAAUAGGAACUCGUCAACAUUAUUACAAAAAAAUAGCCCUUCAAAGUACGUGUUUUACUAAAAGUGAUAUAAUGACUUCAAACUUUUUCUUACAAAGAUAAGACUUCAUAUUAUCUUUAUCAUACGAAUAUUAUAUUAUUUUGGUAGGACUCAACAUUACAUUCUCACCUCGGUGAUAUCAUGAUUGCACUACUAUAAUAAAAUUCCAGAUGAUUACUAUAUUAAAAAAAAAGAUUGAUAUCACUAUCAUACCAUGAUAAUGAUAUUAUCAUCGUAGUAAUACUUUCAUUACAUGACAGAUAAUAGCAAUCUUCUUGUACAUCAUUUCUCUUUCCACUUCUCUCUGUUUUUCGCUCUUAAUAAUAUUUCAUCUUCACAAAGAAAUCAAUGAUAGGAUAGAGAUAAGACAACGUGAAAAAAAUUUUACUAUAUCAUCAUCGAAGGUGAUAUCAACUUGUAUAACAACAAAAUCAUAUUUUAGAGAAUUACGAAUUGUUGUUGUCUAUAUAAUAAUUGGAGGGGAAUGAGGUUUCCCUUUCCCAUUUCAUCUACCAGUAGCAACUAAAAGAAAAACCAAGUCGUCGCAAAAAGUUCGUUUCCCAUGGAACACUACUUGCAGAACUCGAUAUUCCCAUCCACCACCAUCCCUACUCUCCUCCUCCUAGCACUACUCACCGGCGCCGUCGUGCUGGCAGCCGCCAGAAAGAAAAAAAGCUCUCCAUCAGCUUAUAAUCUGCCUCCGGGGCCAUGGAAGCUGCCGAUCAUAGGUAACCUCCACCAACUAGCGGGUCCAGUACCGACCCACCGCCGCCUCCGAGACUUGGCCAAGAAGCACGGCCCCGUGAUGCGGCUCCAGCUCGGGGAGCUGCCACACGUCAUCGUGUCCUCCGCCGAAGCGGCCAAGGACGUCUUGAAGACCCACGACGCGGCUCUCGCUUCGAGGCCCUACCUCCUGGCCGCCGACAUCCUCUUCUACGGUCGAAAGGGGAUAACAUUCACCCCCUACGGCGACUACUGGCGCCAGAUGCGCAAGAUCUGCACCGCCGAGCUGCUCAGCACCAAGCGCGUCCUCUCUUACCGUUCGAUAAGAGAGGACGAGCUGUCUGGCAAUCUGGUGCACCGCAUCUCGGCCGCAGCAGCAGAAGGCUGCGGCCGAGUUGUGAACCUGGGGGAGACCCUUUUUUGGGCUUCGAACCGGGUGAUUGCCAGGGCAGCUUUCGGCGUGGUUAAGGAAAAUGCAGAAUCGUUUAUGGACGUUGUGAACAGUAUUUCCGACCUGUUGGGUGGUUUGGCCGUCUCCGAUUUGUACCCUUCCAUCAAAUUUCUUCCUGCGGUGACCGGAUUUCGAGCUGAGCUCACCCGUCUGCAUCGGGAAGCCGAUGGUUUGCUCGAGGAGAUAAUCAAUGAGCACGUCGACAAAAGAAGAGAGCUGAAGAAGAAGGGAGAUUCGUGUGUUCAAGCAGCAUCGACGGAGAAUCUGGUAGAUGUUCUUCUGGGUCUCCAUGAAAAUUGUACUGAUGUGGAUUCUCCAUUGACCAUUCAAAACAUCAAAGCAGUCGCAACAGAAUUGCUCCUGGCGGGUAGCGGAACCUCGCCUGUCACAAUAGAGUGGACCAUGUCUGAAAUCAUGAACAAUCCAAGAGUAUUAAAAAAAGUGCAGGAAGAAGUUCGUCGAGCAUUUCGUGGGAAAGGGAAAGUCAGUGAAGAAGGAUUGGAUGACUUGGUGUACUUGGAUGCAGUCAUCAAGGAGGCCUUGAGACUGCACCCUGACGGACCUCUGCUAGCUCCGAGAGAAAGUCAAGAAGAUGUGGUUGUUGGCGGGUACCUGGUCCCCGCCGGAACUAAAGUCAUGGUCAACGUCUGGGCGAUUGGGCGAGACAAAAGUUAUUGGAAUGAUGCUGAGACCUUUUAUCCAGAGAGAUUCCUUAAUUGUGCGGUGGACUAUAAGGGAAUGGAUUUCGAGUUCCUUCCGUUUGGGGCAGGGAGGAGGAUGUGCGCUGGAAUUUCAUUUGGAAUGGGAAUUGUUAAACUGGGACUAGCAAAUGUACUCUAUCAUUUUGACUGGAAACUCCCAGCUGAAAUGAAGCCGAGCGAUCUAGACAUGACAGAACGUUUUGGGCUUACGUUGCGCAGGAACUGCCCAUUGUGUUUGGUCCCAGUUGCAUACAAUUCUGCACCAUGAUGACUUUCUUUGUAUUAUCUUACUAGCUAUGGAAUAUGUACUUAUCCACUUCUUUCAGUUGGAUCAGGUGAUUGGCCCACUGCAGGGAUUUAAUUUGCCCUUGAUUUUGGUUGUUAAUUGCGCGAUGGGAAUUAAACUUAUUUGCUUGCCAACCUUGUAGUACUCGUACGUGGCUACCUUAGUUUUCUUCAAAAUUUGAGAUGAAAGCCGUUGUAAGAGAAAAUUAAAGUGUUUUGACCACCUACACGUUUUGCUUUACUGCUGUAUUAGGAGUUACUCUACCUUUUACACACACAUCUCCUAUUGAUAGUCAUAAUAAAAAAAAUAUCUAAAUGUUAGGACUCACCGAAUUUACUAAAGAAACAAAAACAACAACUGUUGACAUUUCAACCUUACUUCUCCUUUUAGUGGAUAAAAUGGAAUAUUAUAAAAUUUAACAUACAGAAUAACUCAAUUCUGAAGACACAUUCAGGUUACAUACAAUAUACCAGUAUUUAUAAAUAUGAUUAACAAAUAACCUUACAGAGAAUAAGAAAACAAGAUAGAAUCCUCUGUGUUAAGGUACAACAGAUUGUUGGGAUCAAGAGCUACGAGGAAGAACGAGAUGAAAAUCGCAACAAUGAAGAUGAAGAACCAUAAAGAAAAAGAAAUGAAGUCGUAAGAAAACCUAGAAAACAAGGGUCGAGAUGCUCUGAUACCGUAGGAAAAGAAAUUUCACCCACCAAAUUUGACAAUGAUAUAUAUGUUUCAAUACAUACUUAGAAAUAGUUGUGUGCAACGGUGUGGUUCGCCCCAGAUCAAACAAACAUUUGGAUUGACUCAAAAAGUGGACCAAAUAUAAUACAUUUUGGGUUUUAGUUUCGUAAAUUUUCUGAAUAUUGAAGAAAUAAUUGACCAAAUUGAUAGUUGGACAGAAUCAAACCGAACAAAAUGUACAAAUCCUAUUCUAGUUUCUAAAUUUAUCGUGGACUGAUCACCGCACCUUUGCACACCCCUAAUUAGAGGGGUUGAUCUUUGGUAUGUUGUUGUGAUAUUUUAUUUGUAGGAAAUUUUAUACACGAUCGAUACAACAAAGUGGCGACAUUUAAAAAAAAAUCAUACUAGUGAGAGGAUGCUUUCAAUAGAACCUUGGAUGAAGGGUGAACAUUACCCCUAAGCCUUCUCUCAGAUGUGUGUAAAACCUUCAACCAAUUAACCAAAUCAUUUAAGUGUUGAUUAUGGUUAUUUUGGGUUUUCUAUUUUCGUUUUAAGGAUGGUUUCUUAAGCUAACUUCGUCAUUCCAAUUUAGUAUUUUUCCCAACCAAUAGUUUGAAAUUUUAUGUUUUUUUUUAUUAUUACAACGACCUAACAUUAUUUAAAAUAAUCAAAAUCACUAAACAUGGAAUUAUUCUAAAAUUUUCUAUGAUGUUAUGCUCAAAACAAAUUAGUAUACUAUGAAAAAAUAUCAUUAAUUUUAACAUGUAAUAUGUUUUUUCCAAUAUUUCAUACCUUGAAAUGAAUGUAUGCCGGAUCCCCAAUAAUCUACAUAACUCCAUCCUUGUUACUUGUUAGGUUGCACUAUGAUGACCAUGUGAACACCCUAGUAUGUAUUGUAUCAUAGCUCAAUUAUAAGAUUAUUUGUUCACAAAAAUGGCAUUAUAAUUUAUAGUAACUAGAGUUAAUUAAACGGAUUAAUGAUGAAUUAAAGAAAAUAUUCUAAGGACCAUAAAAUUAAAAUAAUUUU